CUAGCCAAAGCUUUUGAUGUUGAAGUCAGAAAGCAUGGGAAAGUUAGCAACAACUAACUAUUGUUCUCUUACUCUGCUGAUUCAGAAGUUGUAGAAGGGAAAUCCUGCAACAAUGAGCUUCCAUCUCUUAACCAAAGCCAGAAACCGAACAGUGUUUUCGUAUCUACUCUCACGCGCAUUCUCUCACGGAUCCCAACGACCUAGCAGGCCUUCAUUCGGCAUCGCGUUCGACAUCGACGGUGUCAUUUUGCUCGGAAACUCUCCUGUCGGUGGUUCUCCUGGAGCGCUGAGAAAAUUAUACGGCGCUGAUGGUGGAUUGAAAAUCCCGUACGUUUUCCUCACCAAUGGUGGUGGCUUUCCUGAAGCUAAAAGAGCUUUUGAACUAAGUCAACUGUUGGGUGUGAAUGUCUCACCUUCGCAGGUUUUACAAGGCCAUUCACCAUUUAAACAACUGGUCAAGAGAUUUGAGAAUGAUCUCGUUGUGGCUGUGGGGAAAGGGGAACCUGCAGCUGUGAUGACGGAAUAUGGUUUUAGGCAUGCUCUUUCAAUUGAUGAAUAUACCUCUUGCUUUGAAAACAUUGAUCCGCUGGCUCCAUACAAGAAAUGGACUUCCAAUCUGGCUACUAUGCAGAAUUCAAAGUUUAAUGAGAGUUUUCCAAGGAAUGAUAUCCUCUCUAAAAGGGUUCAAGCAGCAUUUAUAGUUAGUGACCCUGUUGAUUGGAGCAGGGAUAUACAGGUUCUCUGUGACAUCUUAAAAACAGGAGGCCUUCCUGGAAGAAAUGUUGGACCACAACCACAUAUAUAUUUUGCAAAUGAUGACCUUGAAUACCAGACUAAAUUUCCUUCUGAACGUCUGGGCAUGGGAGCAUUCAGGAUUGCAUUAGAAUCCAUCUUCAAUAGGAUUCACCCUCAUUGCUUGGAGUAUACCUGUUUUGGCAAACCACAUCCAUCAGUAUUCAAGAAUGCAGAAAUUGUGUUACAGAAACUUGUGGCAUCACUUUAUGAUGAUUUCUAUGAUAAAAAUCAUGAUAAGACUUCAUCUUUUAAAACACUGUACAUGAUUGGAGAUAAUCCUGCAGUUGAUAUCAGAGGUGCACGACAGACUGGGCAUCCUUGGUUUUCUAUUCUCACCAGAACUGGAGUUUUCAAGGGGAAGGAAAAUCAUGACAAAUUUUCAGCAGAUCUGAUUUUGGAAAAAGGACAGGGUUGAUGGUUAUGAAUUACUGGUAUGGAGCUAUAAGGUUGACAGAGUGGUAAAAAUUGGAGAAGAGGGUGAGAGGUUGUGGGUUCAACCACUUACUAAUAAUAUAUAUGGGAGAUAUAAGGUUAGUUUGAAGGGUUUGGAAGGGAGGUGGAUGAGGCUGUGGAACUCUCCCCACUAAAAAAAUCUAACACUUGUCGAUAAAAAGAAAAAAUAAAUUACUGGCGUACCCAUGGAGAACAUGUUUCUAAAGGAAUGUGCUCACGAUUGUAAUGCAGCUAGGAUUGAUUGUCCAAACCAAAGUUUGAAAUUUGUGGGUAGUCGUGGUGAUGAACGGACGAUUUAAUUUGUGACUAACGUUGUCAUUGUGAAGGAAAGUACCUAGUGGUGAUUAUAAUACAACUUC